GAAAAAUGAAUUAAAAAUUGAGGAUAAAAGAAAAUGAAUUGAGUUAAAAAUUAUACAUAAUCUCUCUCCCAUUUCUUGCCAAUUUAUGAUAGAAUUUAUCUGUCUAGCGCCGGUCUUUGUGGGUGUAUAUAUAUGCUCCGGAAUCAUUGAAGCAUGUCCUGAAUUCCAAAUAAGCACUUCCAGCCCUCUGCUAUUCGCGUACACCUUUUCUGUAGAUCUUGAAUUUCCUCAGCUGUGAUCCUUCCUCCUCAUCUGGUAAAUCCAGCUACCCUGCUUAUGUAUAUUGAUGAUGCUAUGUUUCCGAUUGCUUUAAGUUGAAGAUCUUAUUAUACUCUUGUUUUUCAUCCUCCCUUCUUAAAGUUUUUGUUGUUUCGUAAUGUACACGUUCUAUUGGACUGGUGUGAUCGACAAGGCAAUAGAUUCUUCUUUGUGAGAACCAGAAGUUGCACUCUACACUUGCUGAGAUUUACUUAUCAAUCUUUUCGGAUCAUCUCUUUCUGUAAUGGAUGGGUUAACAAAACAAUUGGAUAUGUAAGCCAAUGUUUAUAUUUGGGUUUUGUUUCAUUUGAUAUCGACUGUCAUGUUCAGGAUGGAAAUGGAUCCUGGAAAAUUGUUUGUUGGUGGCAUUUCAUGGGAUACCAAUGAAGGGCGACUCAAAGAGUAUUUUCAGACAUUUGGGGAAGUGGUCGAGGCGGUGAUCGUCAAAGAUCGGGCCACGGGCCGUGCCCGCGGUUUUGGUUUUGUUGUUUUCGAGGAUUCUUCCGUUGCUGAAAGAGUUGUCAAAGAAAAACACAUGAUUGAUGGCAGAACUGUAGAGGCAAAGAAGGCUGUUCCUAGAGAUGAACAAUGCAUGAACAGAAAUGUAGUAAAUAAUACACUUCCAGUUUCCACUGCGCAAACAAGAAAGAUUUUUGUUGGAGGAUUAGCAUCGUCUGUGUCCGAGCGUGACUUUAAAAAGUAUUUUGAUCAAUUUGGGACAGUAACUGAUGUUGUGGUGAUGUAUGACCACAAUACCCAAAGGCCAAGAGGAUUUGGAUUCAUCACUUAUGACUCCGAAGAGGCAGUGGAUAGAGUUCUUCACAAACUGUUUCAUGAACUUAAUGGGAAAAUGGUUGAGGUGAAGCGAGCUGUUCCUAAGGAGCUAUCACCUGGACCGAACCGAAGUCCAUUACCUGCUGGACCAAACAGAGUAAACACUUACCUAAACGGAUAUACUCUAGGUCAAGGUCUAAGUUCUCUAGCAGGUCAUGGAACAAGAACCGAUAGAUAUAGUCCAACCCCUGUUGGUCGUAGCGGAUAUUCAUUGUUCGAACAGCCAUACUCGAAAUCUGGAUAUGGAGAUACACAAAGUUACUUUAGCAGUCCGAUUGGAAGUGGUUCUGUUUUGAACUCAACGGGUUGGAACUUGUGGGAUAAAGAGAAUCAUAGUGGUGGAUUUGUUGGCUUAGGAAGUCUGGGAACAAUUUGGGGUUCCUCUUCUAUUUCAAGCCAAACGGGCAGGAACUGUUCUUUUGGGAAUGAGAACAUAAAUUACAAUAGCGGAGGUAGUGAUAGCUUUGGUAGUGGGAGAAGGUUUGCUCAAAAAGAAAAUGUUUAUAGUAGGGAUUUGGGGGGCAACUUGUAUGGGUCUGGGAAUUGCUCGUUCUUUGACGACCCAUUGCAGUAUUCAUCAUCUCCAACAAUUCAAGUUUCUGGUUCCUUUGGUUAUGGGCUUAAAAGUUUAUCCUCAGAUGUCAUAGUACCUAACACUCCUACCAAUGGCCUUGGUGGUUAUGGUGUUGCAAAUAGAUCAAGUAGAGAAAUUGCUGCCUAGAUAUAAGAUGGAGAAAACCUUGGACAUCAAAUUCAAUCAGAAAGUGGAGAGUAUAGUUUGGAUACAAGUGGAGAGUUGAUUUGCUCAGUACCUUUCUUUUGAGCCCUUUUAAAACCUUUAGAGCUCUUUCUUUGACACAGUCUGAGAGGGACAAACAUGAAUAGCUUAAAUAUAUAGUUGAAAUGCGAAGCAUUGUCACGCAAAUGUGACAAUUUCACCCAGUACUAUGCACCGUGUAUUGAAGGCAUUGUAGAAUUUUCCGAUAUGAAAAUGAUUUAACAUUCUUAUUAUUUGGUUCUUGUACCUCUCUUUUUCUAUAUUGUAUUGUAUUUUGGGUGCAAUGUCCAGCAUUUUGUCCCGCUGCAAGUUUGUUGUUUUCAUCCUUUCAGGCACUAUUUUUUUCUUAUACUCCAUAAUUAUUUUGGGUUUUGCUUUUUAUAACGACCCGUUUGCUGCUA